GGGGGUGAGCGAACAGGAGCAGGAGGAGUGGCUCCAGCAGGCCAGGAUCAGGAGGAGUUCCCCGCUGCCCGCCCCUCUCCGUGCUGGGAGGAAGGGUGUUUCCUGCCUAUCGCUAGGAAGUUUCGGCCUCGUAGUUUCUGGUGGGUAAAAGUGGAGUAAAGAUUCCGCACAGCCUCCAGCACCGGCGCUGCUCACCGGAGGAGGAGGCCCGGCCUGCAGGCGCUGCGUGUGAGCGGGACAGGAGCUGGCAGCACCCCGGGUAGGAGACCAGUCAGUACUCGCAGAGCCGCCCGCUGCUGGGUCACUUCCCCAUAAACCGGCUUCACAAUGACGACCCAAGUGACACUAGAGGAUGCGUUGUCCAAUGUAGACCUGUUGGAAGAGUUGCCUUUACCUGACCAGCAGCCCUGCAUUGAGCCACCUCCUUCCUCCCUGCUCUAUCAGCCAAAUUUUAACACUAACUUUGAAGACCGGAAUGCCUUUGUCACUGGCAUUGCAAGAUAUAUCGAACAGGCAACUGUGCAUUCUAAUAUGAAUGUAAUGCUGGAAGAAGGACAGGAAUAUGCCAUUAUGCUUUACACAUGGAGAAGCUGUUCAAGAGCUAUACCACAGGUCAAAUGUAAUGAGCAACCUAAUCGUGUAGAAAUCUAUGAGAAGACUGUAGAAGUGUUGGAACCAGAGGUCACCAAACUGAUGAAUUUCAUGUACUUCCAGAGAAAUGCUACUGAGCGCUUCUGUGCUGAAGUGAAACGCUUGUGCCACGCAGAAAGAAGGAAAGACUUUGUUUCUGAAGCUUAUUUACUGACUCUUGGCAAAUUCAUCAAUAUGUUUGCAGUUUUGGAUGAGCUCAAAAACAUGAAGUGUAGUGUAAAAAAUGAUCAUUCUGCUUACAAGAGGGCAGCACAGUUCUUGCGAAAAAUGGCAGACCCCCAGUCUAUUCAGGAGUCUCAGAACCUUUCCAUGUUUCUCGCCAAUCACAAUAAGAUAACUCAGUCAUUACAGCAGCAGCUAGAAGUCAUUCCUGGCUAUGAAGAGCUUCUCGCAGACAUAGUGAACUUAUGUGUGGACUACUAUGACAACAAAAUGUACCUGACACCUGGGGAGAAACACAUGCUACUAAAAGUAAUGGGAUUUGGCUUGUACCUUAUGGAUGGAAGUCUGAGCAACAUCUACAAACUGGAUGCAAAGAAGAGAAUAAACCUCACUAAAAUAGACAAGUUCUUUAAGCAACUGCAGGUGGUACCAUUGUUUGGUGACAUGCAAAUAGAACUUGCACGAUACAUUAAAACGAGCGCACAUUAUGAGGAGAAUAAGUCCAGAUGGACCUGUACAUCAUCCAGCAGCAGUCCUCAGUACAACAUCUGUGAGCAGAUGAUCCAGAUUAGGGAAGACCACAUGCGUUUCAUCUCUGAGCUGGCCCGAUACAGCAAUAGCGAGGUGGUGACUGGGUCUGGUCGCCAGGAAGCCCAAAAGACUGAUGCAGAGUACCGGAAGCUUUUUGACUUGUCCUUACAAGGACUUCAGCUCUUGUCUCAGUGGAGUGCACAUGUAAUGGAAGUGUAUUCCUGGAAGCUUGUUCACCCGACUGAUAAGUAUUCUAAUAAGGACUGUCCAGACAAUGCUGAGGAAUAUGAGCGAGCCACUCGCUACAACUACACCACCGAGGAAAAAUUUGCUUUAGUGGAGGUGAUCGCCAUGAUUAAAGGUCUGCAAGUUCUGAUGUGCCGGAUGGAGAGUGUAUUUAACCAUGCAAUUCGCCAUACUAUAUAUGCAGCACUACAGGAUUUUGCACAGAUCACCUUACGUGAGCCACUAAGACAAGCUAUCAAGAAAAAGAAAAAUGUGAUCCAAAGUGUGCUUCAGGCAAUCAGGAAGACAGUCUGUGACUGGGGUGCAGGAUGUGAACCAUUUAACGACCCUGCACUUAGAGGGGAGAAAGACCCCAAAACUGGUUUUGACAUCAAAGUUCCAAGACGUGCAGUUGGACCAUCCAGCACUCAGCUGUACAUGGUGAGAACCAUGCUAGAGUCACUCAUUGCUGAAAAAAGUGGUUCCAAGAAAACGCUGAGAAGUAGCCUAGAGGGUCCCACCAUUUUGGACAUAGAAAAAUUUCACCGUGAAUCAUUCUUCUACACUCACUUGCUUAAUUUCAGUGAGACCUUACAGCAUUGUUGUGACUUGUCCCAGCUGUGGUUCAGAGAGUUUUUUUUGGAACUGACCAUGGGCCGCAGAAUUCAGUUUCCCAUUGAGAUGUCUAUGCCUUGGAUUUUGACUGACCACAUCCUAGAGACUAAGGAGGCAUCAAUGAUGGAGUAUGUUCUUUAUUCUCUGGACCUGUAUAAUGACAGUGCACACUAUGCCCUCACAAAAUUUAAAAAACAAUUCCUCUACGAUGAGAUUGAGGCUGAAGUAAACCUGUGUUUUGACCAGUUUGUCUACAAAUUAGCUGAUCAAAUAUUUGCCUACUAUAAAGUUAUAGCUGGCAGCUUACUUUUGGACAAGCGGUUACGAGCAGACUGUAAAAAUCAGGGAGCCAACAUUGCUCAGCCAGCAUCCAACCGUUACGAUACUUUGCUGAAGCAGCGCCAUGUUCAGCUCUUGGGCAGAUCGAUUGAUCUCAACCGUUUAAUCACUCAGAGAAUAACAGCUGCCAUGUACAAGUCACUGGAAUUGGCAAUUGGACGGUUUGAGAGUGAAGAUCUUACUUCCAUAGUGGAGCUAGAGGGUCUUAUUGAAAUAAACCGAUUGACUCACAAGUUGCUGGGCAAAUAUCUGACCUUGGACAGCUUUGACGCCAUGUUUAGGGAAGCCAACCAUAAUGUUUCGGCUCCAUAUGGGAGGAUCACCCUUCAUGUCUUUUGGGAGCUCAACUAUGAUUUCCUCCCUAACUACUGCUACAAUGGUUCUACCUACAGAUUUGUUCGUACAGUUCUGCCUUUCUCUCAGGAAUUUCAGCGUGAUAAGCAACCCAAUGCUCAACCGCAGUAUUUAUUUGGCUCUAAAAAUUUGAACCUGGCAUACAACAGCAUUUACAGCUACUACAGGAACUUUGUGGGCCCCCCACACUUCAAAGUGAUCUGCCGUCUACUAGGUUACCAAGGUAUUGCAGUGGUCAUGGAGGAAUUGCUGAAAGUUGUUAAAAGCCUGUGUCAGGGUACUAUUCUCCAGUAUGUGAAGACACUGAUGGAAGUUAUGCCUAAGAUCUGCAGGCUGCCCAGGCAUGAGUACGGCUCCCCAGGCAUUUUGGAAUUCUUCCAUCACCAGUUGAAGGACAUAGUGGAAUAUGCAGAGCUGAAGACUGUGUGCUUUCAGAAUCUGAGGGAAGUGGGCAAUGCUCUUCUCUUCUGCCUCCUUAUAGAACAAAGCCUGUCACUAGAAGAAGUGUGUGAUCUGCUGCAUGCUGCACCUUUCCAGAACAUUCUGCCCAGAGUUCAUGUUAAAGAGGGGGAACGCCUAGAAGCCAAGAUGAAAAGACUGGAAUCAAAAUAUGCUCCCCUCCACUUGGUGCCUCUCAUAGAGAGACUAGGCACCCCUCAGCAAAUUGCCAUAGCAAGGGAAGGGGACUUGCUGACUAAAGAAAGACUUUGCUGUGGCCUCUCCAUGUUUGAAGUGAUUCUUACCAGAGUGCGCACUUUCCUAGAUGAUCCUAUUUGGCGUGGGCCGCUUCCCAGCAAUGGUGUGAUGCAUGUGGAUGAGUGUGUGGAGUUCCAUCGCCUCUGGAGUGCUAUGCAGUUUGUCUACUGCAUCCCAGUGGGUGCCCAUGAGUUCACUGUAGAGCAAUGCUUUGGUGAUGGACUGCACUGGGCUGGUUGUAUGCUCAUUGUACUGCUGGGGCAACACCGCCGGUUUGAUGUCUUAGACUUCUGCUAUCAUCUACUGAAAGUGCAGAAACAUGAUGGCAAGGAUGAAGUCAUAAAGAAUGUGCCCUUGAAGAAAAUGGUAGAACGUAUCCGUAAGUUCCAGAUUCUCAAUGAUGAAAUAUUUACCAUCUUGGACAAGUACUUGAAGUCAGGAGAUGGAGAGAAUACACCAGUAGAACAUGUGCGAUGCUUCCAGCCCCCCAUCCACCAGUCACUGGCCAGCAACUGAGGCUCCACUCACUGUAUUAUAUGCUUUACAUUGCCAUUAUACUGUAUUCUCUGGUAGAGACUGCAAAUAAGCAGCCAUAUUUUUUAUUCUUUUUUGCAGUAGAUAAACAUUAUAUUAAUGAAAACAAAAUGUUGAAAUGACAAGAGGGAUAGCACAAUGUGUGAUCUUUAUAGAAGCCUCUGUGCUACAAUCAUGUUUUUGCAUUAAGCGGCUGCAAUAUAAAUUAUGUUCCCAAUAAGAGUUCCUGCUGUAUAACACUACUGGUCACACUGAUUAUCUUUUAAAAAAUAAUUUUUUUACAUUUUGGGAUAAAGAUACAGUUUAUGUAAUUAAGGGGUUCUUAAGACUUUUUAAUAGCAAUUUCUCUCACUUGUAAAAAUGUAAUCUCUAAUAAUUAAGACUUUCCUGUCAAAUUUGCAAUAAACAUUUAUAUUAACAUA